AUGCCUGCGACGAGCGCCAUCAGGAGUUUGACCAGCGCGGAGAAAGCGCGGUAUGCGGAGGUGCGUGCAGGGCUGCGCAAUGGGUCGCUUUUUGCGGUCACCUACGGGUUUGACCGCCGCGAGCAGGAAACAUGGUCCGACAGCUCGACGCUGAUGUCGUCGCGCUGCGGGUGUCUGCGAGAGCACCAGAUUUCGAGCGCGCUGCGCAGCAUGAUCCGGGAAAACGUGGAGAUGUGUGUCACGGUGACAGACGGGCCGAAGUUCGCGCCUGUGUCGCGGAUUGAAUACGACGAUGUGGUGCGGGUGAUUGAGUUUCAGACGUACAAGGAUGAGGCAAUUGCGUGUCACGAUGGAAUUCCACCCUACGUGGCACGCCACAUUUUGAACAAGAGCAAGUUUGAGGCGGGCAAACCGCUCUGGGAAGUGUACAUUGCCGACGGCAGCAUGGUCAUCUUCCAUUGCCACAACGUGUUGUUCGACCUGUUUGCUGCAGGGAACUUCCACGUGCGCUUCCAGCAGGCGCUGCAGCGCUGUGAGAAGAACGAGCCGCACAACGAGACGCUCUUCGUGUACGAGGGCGGGCCGCUGCAGCUACCAAUAGACCCGGACGCGUGCAGUCUGCCUGGAGUGGACGUGCCUUAUCCUGCGAGCUCACCGUUUGUCUCGUUCGUUAAGAACGUCUGCAGGUAUGCUUUGAAGCCAUUUGGCGCGUUGGCAUCCGCCGUGACACCGAGUCUCCGCCUUAACCGAUCGUCCCUUGGACGGAAACCGUUCCUGCUUACGUUGGACAAGGAAAGUCUCUACGGUACAACGGUUUCUGGUUACUUGAAUUCCAAGAAACUGGACUCCUUGCUCAAACUUAUAUCGAAAGAGGAGGUGUGCGUGCGAAGCUUCCUCUGCGCUAUCACGUUGCUCUCUCUGAAACCCUUGAUUCGGAAUUUUGACGGCAGCAUCGCCUUCUCCAUACCUCUGGAUCUGCGUACGGAAUCGCACAAAACAACGCCUUUCGGGUUUCAGUCGAAGCGCAUACUUGUUGAUUGUCCGCUGGCGCUAAUAGACGACCGCGUAUUCGAAAGCCUGUUUAAUCGGCCAAGUAAACAGCGUAAGACCAAACUGGACAAGAACAGUCCGAAAUUCUCGGAGGGAUUACUGGAAUACCAGUUCAAGAGAGUUACAACGCACGUUAUGAAGUCCCUGACAGCACAAACAUCUGGAGACUGGACGGGGAAAAGGAAAUACUCGAAGUGCCAACUCCGAAAGAAGAAAAUUAUCGAAAUCAAUGUUGUGGAUAUGGGCACAAGUCCGUCCGCACGGUUUCAAAUCAAGAAUAUGAAUUUUACAGAUUCAUUGGGUUCUGAAACUUUCAUGUCGCUGUCAUGCGCGCUUAUGAGAGGCGUAGGAAUGAAUAUGUGCAUGCAUUACUUAGAAAGAGAUUCGAUGGAUAUGUUCGUAGAUUGUUUUCAGACGUUUCUGGAUGAAUUGAGCUGA